UUUAAUAAAAGAGAGAGUUUAGCAUUUGUACCUAUAUUUGUAGGGGUAAUGGGCUUCCUUCCUGUGGUUGCGGUUCUUUUGCUGUCUGUUUUGUCUUUGGGGAGCUCGCUGAGCUUAGACUACUACGAGAAGACAUGUCCUGGGGUUGACUUUAUCGUGACUAAAGCUGUCAAGGAUGCAGCUUACAAAGACAAGACUGUCCCUGCUGCACUCCUCCGGAUGCACUUUCAUGACUGCUUUAUAAGGGGUUGUGAUGCAUCUGUACUGCUGAACUCAGUAGGGAACAACAAAGCAGAGAAAGAUGGGCCACCAAACUUAUCUUUGCAUUCAUUUUUCGUGAUCGACAACGCAAAGAAAGAACUGGAAUCCUAUUGCCCCGGCGUUGUCUCCUGUGCUGAUAUCUUGGCUCUGGCUGCAAGGGAUGCAGUUGUGCUUUCUGGAGGCCCAACAUGGUAUGUUCCUAAAGGGAGAAAGGAUGGAAGGAUAUCAAAGGCUAGUGAAACAAUACAAUUGCCAUCUCCAAGCUUCAACAUUUCUCAGCUGCAACAGAGCUUCUCCCAAAGAGGUUUAUCCCUUGACGACCUAGUCGCUCUUUCAGGAGGACACACCUUAGGAUUUGCUCACUGCUCAUCCUUCGAAGGUAGAAUCCGCAACUUCAGUCCAGCCAGCAACGUUGACCCUGUAAUGAAUCCGUCCUUCGCAGCAAGCCUAAGAAAUGUGUGCCCAGUAAUCCACAAGGCGAAAAAUGCUGGCUCAAACAUGGAUACAUCUCCAACCACAUUCGACAACACUUACUACAGACUGAUACUCCAAAAGAAGGGCCUGUUUUCUUCUGACCAAGCUCUGCUCGACUUUCCCAAGACCAAAGAUCUUGUUUAUAAGUUCGCUAGCUCAAAGGAAGCCUUCAACAGAGCAUUUGUUAAUUCUAUGAUCAAAAUGAGUAGCAUCACUGGUGGUCAGGAAAUCAGGAAGAAUUGUAGGGCAGUGAACUAAAAGCUGCUACUUAUAGCUCUAUUUUGCUUGCUAGACUAAUAAUCGUCUAUUUAAGCAUUGGGUGUUUAAGUACCCACAGCUAGCUUGUUUUCAGUACCGUCAGAAGCACAGUACACAUGUAUUCUUAUAUUUGAUCACCAAUGGGAUGCCUUUAUUUUUGCCUUUA